AUGCUGAGAUCCUCCUCCUGCCCGAAUCUGACCUUUGUCGACCAGGUGUGCACGGCGGAAGAGGCCGAGCAGGACGGGUGGGACACCAGCGAGGAGACGCUAUCAACUCCAUACGAGCCGCCGAGCCCCGUCCCGGACGGGCUCGCCGAUUCUCUGAGCACUGCGAGUGUCCAUGCCUCAAUGAACGCCGACGUCCAUACGCCGUACGCCCGCCGCGGAACCUGGCCAAUCCAACGGACCCUGCCCUUGGCUUUGGCGGAGACGAAGACGCCAUCGACGACCGACGCACGCGUUGGCGGCUUCGACUUCCGCGAGUCAAUGUCUCUCUCCCCGUCGUCCUCCGGGAGGUCCUCGCUCUCCUCGUCGGAGCGGUGCGAGGUCCCUUCGGAGCUGCAGCUCACCCUGUCCGAGCCGCCCAUCCGCCGGACCGUCUCCUUUGGCGAGGGCAGCACCUUCCUCGUCCCGGACACCCACUACUCCGCGCCGAGCUGGGGCCGCGCCUCGUCCGUCAGCACGAUCGACUACCUUCUCACCGCCAUCGGCUUGUGAGAAAAGUCUGUAGACCAUGCCACUUCGUUGGCGCUAGAAAAAGAGAGUUUUGUCCAAAAAUGUAUAUAAUC